CUUGCGGACUUCGAGCGUGAAUACCACUUUCUGUUGUUUAAAUGAGCAGUGGUGAACAUCGUAUGGACAAAAGCGAUUGGUAAAGUUUGACAGACAUUUAUUAGAUUUGAAAGAACACAUGACUUAUAAAAUUGUGACUCUAUGCAAGAUAAAUAUUUGCUUUAUUCCACAGGAAAUAUAUACGUAAAUGCUUAUAUAACACAAACUGCGUAGUACAUAUAAAAAUAGUAGAUUCGUUCGUUGAUUCUUCUUAGAAUAGGUUUGCGACGUCAUUCAUAGAAUAAAAAUCAGAACGAACGCUCAAGAAGUGGUUGAAGUGGCUUUGAAGAACACAUCGAACUUACGUCUCUUUUCUGCACAUGUUAUUAUUCGUAAUGAAGCAGUGAAUCGUGUAAUACGACGAAAUGCCUAAGUCCAACGAUCACGAAGUAGAGCCACUGUUUAGAAUCAUGAAUUUGGGGGAUCUUCUGCACCAGUUGAGCAGGCUUCACGUUCCGUCCAUGGACAAUUCGAGCCACCAGUACGACGUGUACUUGCUCAGACGUCUGCGGGCACAUAACGUCUCGUGGUGGAACAGUUCGUGGCCGGACAUGCCGUCCAACUACGACCCUGCUUCGACGGGGGACGUAGUUCCUGACGAGUGCUUCCCGUUUCUGGGGGUCCUCGACUUCUUCCAUCUGUACUACAUACCGACCAUCAUUCUCACAGGUCUGGUGGGCAACAUGUUAUCCUGCGUGGUCUUCCUCAACACGCACCUCAAGAUGAGAAGUUCCAGUUACUACUUAGCAGCGCUAUCAGCCGCAGACUUCGGUUUCCUGGCCACGCUGCUUCUCGUGUGGCUGAACAGCAAUGUCGGAGUACAAGUAUUCAACAAGGACGGCUGGUGUCAGGGGCUAGUCUACAUCAGCUCUGUCUGCAGUUUCCUCAGCGUCUGGCUCAUCGUGGCCUUCACAGUAGAGCGCUUCAUCGCCGUACAAUACCCACUACAUCGCCCGCAUAUGUGCACAGUAGCUCGGGCUAAAGCUAUAGUCGCUUGCCUGGCUGUAAUCGCCCUAUUGUCACACCUUUACUCGUUUGUAACUGCCGGAUUGGUCAGACAGGAAGAUGGUUCAGACGUAUGCGAUAUGCUGGAGGAGUACAGAGAAACAAUGAGAAUCAUCAACAUUGUGGACAGCUUGGUGACUCUGAUAGCACCACUGAUUUUAAUCAUAGUCAUGAACACGAUGAUUGGGAGGAAUCUGUUCGAGUUCAGACGCCGCUUCAGGCAGAACCCAGAAACACAGGCUCCACGAGAAGGCACAAGCAUGGAGAGGUCGGACAUCAACCUUAAUCAGCUUCAUACAAGCAGUUCCAAUAACAGGAGACCGCCGUCACAGCAGUCGUUCCAUUCAUCCAAAUCCAACAAUUCAAGACAAAUGCAACCCAAGAACAAUCACCCGGAGUCUGUGACACCCAGCAACGGAAUCCACGUGAGAACAUCCAACAGAAACUUGGUGUCCACCCGAGCCCAGCAGAACAUUACGAAGAUGCUGCUACUAAUAUCCACUGUGUUCAUAAUGCUGAACCUCCCAAGUUACGUCAUACGCCUCUACGUUUUCGUGUGUUUCUCGCUGUGGCGCCAGCAGACUCCUGCGUCCCUGUGGUGUCUGCAGCAAUUCUUUAUGCUUCUGUACUACACUAACUUCAGCAUCAACUUCCUUCUUUACUCCGUGUGUGGCAUCACUUUCCGACGAUGUAUGCUUCAACUCAUACGCAAGAAGCUGAAGAGCUUGUCCCGCUACCACUGCAAUCCCCAGCAGUACACCUAGACGUCCUCAAAGUGUCGGAAUUAAUUGCUGAUCUUGGUUGAAGACGGAAUGACAAAAGAACAAGAUGGCUCCAAAUAGUGCUGUUCCGUAUUUGUUUCCUAAGCUCUUCCUGGUUGGUACUUUUAUACAAUAUUGGUUUUGGAGUUACGAAUGUUAAUGUCGUUUUUCCACAUUAAUACAGUUUCUGUGAAUCUCGUGUAAUUUUAGUGAUAACAGACUUUAAAUAACAGCUUAAAUACUGGUCUAUAAAUGAAGUGUAUGCUCCAUAUACCAGAUGUUAACUAAAGUUUAAGAAAGAGCUAAUUUUGGUUUCUAGACUUAUUCCCAAGAUGAGAAGAUCCCUGAUCCGUGGAGAACUGCGCACUUGUUGCAGAAAAAGCGUCAUUACAUGGAAAUAAAAAAACCGAGAAUUGAACAAAAAAGUGUAUUAAUAUGAAUAAUUGACUAUAACGUGUAUGGAUAUAGUACUAUUGUUUUAUAGUGACCGCAGUUUUGGCUGCGUAGGAAAGUUGAGAGAGAACAUUCUCACAAAUUUACCUCUCGUAGGUUUGUGUGGACCAAGAUGGUUGAUUAACUACGCACGAGAAAGGAUUGGUGUGUGGUGUCAUGUGAUGAAACUAAGAAAAUGUAAAACAAAUAUGUUGUUUUCCCCCAGACAUAUGACAUACCGUGUCUCUGGAACUUGCCAAAAAGCCAUCAUAAAAUAACAGGAGUGUUUCUUCAAAUUAAUGUUCAAAUUAGAUGUAUUGGGGUUAAAAAAUUCUACGUGCUAAGAUGUUACUGCGAAUUCUGUAAAACGCAAAACACCUGUGAAACAGAAAAAUCUAAAAAUCAUUAAGAUUUUUACUUUUAAAUAUUUGUCCUAUAUAUCAGAUUGUGUAUUAUUGUACUGUGCCAUAAUUACAAAGUUGUAUUUUGGUGCAACUCUAAGCUACAUUACCCUUCAAAACUAAAAGAAGUAUUUCACCAGUUCAACUUCUGUCAACUCAUUAGCGUGAUGAUGAAUUCAAUAUAUAUCGUGACUAAAUAAAAAAACUGGACUGCUGCAGAUGUGAUACAAUGAAAAAGUCACGAAAUUAUAAAUGUCGUACUGUGUCCAGGUAACCACACACACAAUUUUGUCGCUGUUGUCACCAAAGAUCGUAUUAUGUGAAUAAGUUUAUGUUGUGCGAUAGUACCAGCUUUAAAAGGAUAGCACUGUACCAAGCUAUCUAAACAUGUAUUAUGUAUAUUGUGUGUUAAAGUAAUGUUUCUUAUAUUAUAUAUAAUGGUCACUAGUUGUCUGUAUAUGUUGCUAUUUAUCUUUUGUUUUAAAUAAAUAUUUGU